AUGUGGGGUGGUGUGAAGGCGCGGGGGCAUCACGGCGACGUGUUCCGCGCGUGGGGCGGCAGUCAACCGCUGGAGCCGCUCCGCCGCCGGUUGUACCGCGAGCCGCGGCCGUGGCACCUCGCGUGGGCCCUCCACCGCCACCGGCACCUCCUCGCCGACCGCCACUGCGCCCGCCUGCUCGCGUGGUGUGCGACGGUCGUGCAGCUCGAGCAGCGGCGCAUCCCGCGGCGGCAGGCGUACAUGUACACCCAGCAGGCCUUUCAGGUGAUGGCCCACAGCCAUAAGGUGGGGGCCGAGACAUAUCAGGAGUUCUUUCGCUUGUGCGCGGUGGGUCGGGACUUGACAACGGCAUUUCGAUGGCAACAGUAUCUGGUGGAGACGGGAGAAUUAUCCCCACUCUCCCACUACACCUGGCUUCUUCACAUUGCCUCACUCUCACCAAGUGAUGAAAGUGCAGAAGAUAUGGCAGAAGCCGUCUGGGAAACCUACUUGGCUAGAUAUUGUUCACAAGUAAAACAUGAUAUUACUGGGGAAACUAAAUUUGCACAUUAUCAACCUUCAAAUGAUGAUGAAGCAAAACAAUUGGAAAAAUUAUUUAAAGCGUUUAAAGUUUUGCGUCCAAAAAUAGUGAAUGGUGCAAAACCAGAACUUAUGGAAUUUAUUGAUGCUCUUCCUGAAAGUGAAAACUUAGACGUUUGUUGUAGUGCAUGGCCGACUGUUAGUCGACAUCAUACUUUUCCUCACUUAGAGGCAGGAGUUCCUUGGACUUCACCAACAAUCUCUCAUCCUCAUCUUCGGGAUUCAAUUCUUCAUGAAAGUUUUGUUUCAGAUUUAAAAUCUGCUGCUUUUUCAAAUAAUGUGAAACGUGUCGUAUCACUUAUACAAGAGUAUCGAGAACGAGUUGCAGAAGAGAAGGAAAAAGCGAGUGCGAGAAAAUAUUUAGCUGGUGAACGUGAUAUUUGGCGUGAUUUCUCGGAUCCUUCUUCAUUAGCCUUUCGUACCUCACUUGUAGAGGAUGGUGGUGUUACAUCUGAGUUAUAUCAUUACUUAAUUGUAUCUAUGUCCGUGAGUCAACCUUCUGUGGCGCUUCGAACACUUCGCCGUAUGCAAGAGGCAAAUCUACGUGUUCUUGAUGUAACAAGGGCAGUUAUGAUUGUAAGGUGUGAAGGAUCACCAAAAGAACAAUUACAAAUGUUUCAAGAACAAUUACAAGAAAUUAGAGAACGACAAAAAAUUGAGGAAGAUUAUGAUGUUACAAGAGAAGUUGAACUUUACUGGAAAUUUUGCUACACCGAUUUUUUUUACUAUCGUAAUGCAUUAAAUCGUAGAGAUUUUUAUCGAAUGCUUAUGGAAGGUCUUGGACCACGAAGAGUACAACAAUUCAUCUUGGAUGCUCAAGUCUAUGGUACUUGUUCAUUUGAGGAUAUAACAGUCCUUGAUGAAGCUUUUCGAAAUACAGCUGCAAUGUAUUAUAGAAAUUUUAUCGGAAAUGAGGUAAAUAAGGCAUUGGAUGAAAUCACUAAACAUAUUCCAAAGCUAGAUAUUAGCUUGAUAGGUUCUAUUCAACAUUUUAGUGAUUACGCACUAUCUAGUGGAGAUUUUAUUGCUACUGAUAUUUCUACGUUACGUACCAAACUUGUGGGAUUUAGUACUAUUUGUGUACUUGAUUCAUCUUUUGUGGAAACAAGUGAAUAUUUUCUUACUGUGGGAAAGACUAUAAACGCUAGUAAUAAUAAUAGUAAUAGUGGUGGUGGUUCAUCUCUGGUUUUGAUCCCUUAUUGUUGUUUACAGCAAUUGGCAACAACUAUUGAAGAGAGUAAAGAUUAUAUUUCUUUUGAUCCUGCAUUACAAGAAGCUAAUAAGUCUGAACCAUUUAUUGCAUCACAGCGUCUUCGAAGUUUAUUCGCACUUCUUGGAAAUAAAGAAAAGGAUGUAAAGACAAGAAUUCUUCACUUUACAGAGUCUCUACUUUCUCAUGCUAUACCAGAAACUACUCUAAAAACGAUAAAUCUUGAUCCUGCUAAAUCAGAUAAUGAUCAUUUAUUAUUAGUUGUUGCGAUGAUUCGUGCAAUAGCGGAUAAAGAUACAAAUGUAGUACUUUGUACAGAUGAUCCAAGUCUUGUGAAACAACUUCAGAGUAGCAAACUUACUUCUUUAUUUUCAGGAAAAAUAUCUGUUAUGUCAUCUGAACCUCCAAAGAAUAUAGUACAAAAAGAAGAAAAUCUUAUAAAUGAUAAUCCUGAUAUGUGUAUUUUAACAGAAUUUCAACCAAGGUUACAGUUUUCAAAUGCUAUUUCCACUCAUGUACCCUCAAACAUAUCUCUGAAACCUUCCCCGAUAGAGACAUUGACAGAGGAUACAGAGGUAUUAGGCAGUGCAUGGUUAGAUAUGUUAAAUGAAGAAGAAGAAGAAAAAGAAGAAACAUUACAUUCUUCUCCUACAGAAGGGAAUACUUCCACUACCAAUACUACUACCAGCAGCAGUACAAAUCUCACUUAUAACCAGAAUAGAGUAAAACAUGAAAAGAAUUUAGUGCAAACGGUAACGAAUAAAGAUGAAGAAAAAAUUGCCCAAGAAUAUGAGAAACUUAUGAAUUUGUAUGAUUCUGAGCAUGCUGUUGCUCCUGUAGGUGUUCUUAUGGCUAAAGCCUCAUCUUUAGGAUCAGUAUUUGAUCAAUUUGACACAAUUGGGCCCGACACAGAAAUGGAUCAAGCCAUGUCAGCUCCCGCACCACAGAGAGAAAUCGGUCAAGAUAAGGAAAAACCGCGUCGACGAUCUCCACUGGAAAGGGAAGAUCUUCGUAACCGUGGAGCAUCUAAUAAAGAGCGAUUUCGCCUUGCUCGUCGAUUAGGCAACAUCUCUGGAGGACGUGUUCCUUUUAAUCUACGCUAUCGUAUUCUUGAGGUAGAUAUUACAGAUGAGCGUGGGAAACACUAUAAGGAAGCCUAUAAGGAGGGAUUGGAAAAAAAGCGUGCAAGCUUCAAACGCAAGUUUCAGCGUUCCUAUUUGGUUGGUAGUGCUCCAGAGUAA